AUGUCAUCAGCGCAACCACUCACAAGUUCUGGUUCCGAAGGAGAUCCGCAAUACGCUGGGAUCGAUGAGAGGAAGAGGAAAAGGAUGCUUUCAAACCGAGAAUCUGCAAGGCGAUCGCGUCAGAAGAAGCAGCAGCACUUGGAUGAUCUGAUUAACCAAGUAAGCCAACUCCAGAAACAAAACAGUGAGAUUGCACAGAGAGCUGAGACCAUCCUGCAACACUACAACCAGAUCGAGUCCGAGAACCAAAUUAUGAGGGCUCGUAUGGCCGAAUUGAACGAUAGGUUGGGGUCUCUGAACUCUCUUCUUGGCUUCAUGGAAGAUGAUCUCUUCACGAACACUUCCCAGAUAUCGGAUCCUCUGCUGAAACCAUGGCAACUCUCCUGCCCAUCAGCCAUCGCAGCCUAUAAUGGUUUCUGCUGA